AUGAAGGAGAAAAUCUAUUUUGCACUACUUUAUUACAAGCCACCAGAGAGCACUGAUUCACACAUUUCCACAGAAUCCUGUGUUUCGAAUAGAUCUCCUAAUACCAAUUGUACAGAAUUCUCUACUGAGCAACAAAGUGUUAACAAUUCAACAUCCCCAACAAGAUUAUUAUCUUCACAUGAUAAUCUCUCCUCUGCAUCAACUCCAAGUAGUGGUGGCAACUAUGCUCCAACAAAAGGACAGAAUGUUCUCCAACGUUCAAAGGCCAUUCUCUCAGAUGUUACCAAUUUUAAGUAUUUUGACAAGUUCAAGAAUGCUGUAUAUGAGGGAAAGAGUAAGGCACAAACAUCUAGUGGCUCUACUACAAGUAAGAAAGUGGGAGGUAGUACUAAGAAGGGAAGAAAACAUUGA